GUGUGUUGCUCUCUGCUGGGUGUGUGUUUGUGUGUGCGUGCCAGGGUGCGUGUGUGUGUGGGUUGUUUUCUUUUCUAGAGAUGCCGAGGAAGAAGAACUUCAGGAUUUCGCAGGCGGCUCGGAGGAGGGCUGCGGACAGACGGACCCUUGACGUUUCUCCUCAGGUUCCCAUGGACCGCUGUGCACCGCAUGGCACUGGGUACCGGCACAAGGUGAGGAGGUGGGAGGUGUCGGUGCUCACAGGGCGGCAGCACAAGUUGGUUCUUCCGCCGGAGUCCCACGGCAAAAAGGUGGUUUUUGCUAUUGGUGACUCCCAUCUUCGAAGCCUUGCAGAUGGCAUCGUGCGGUUGCCUGAGGGUCGUCUGGCGUGGGGGUUCAUGUCAACGCCGGGGGCAAGCGCCACCGAGUUGAGAACUGAGGUGCUUCAUGCUGAGGUGCCUCAGGAUCCCGACUUGGUGUGCGUCUUGGCUCCGAGCAACGACUUGACCGCCAAGCACACCAUCGGUCGUGCGGCUGCAGACUUCAAGCGGUACCUAGCCACCGUCUGCAGUCGCUGGCCGAAGGUGUGUGUGCUGGACUUUCCUCCGAGGUUGACCGUUGAGGACUCCCUGCAAGAGCUCUACCGCCAGGAGUUCCACCGGGUGGCAGCCCGCAUGGCUGUGAAGUACUUCCACAUCGCGGACCACUUCCCCCGGCAGUGUCUCAACCUGUGGAGUCGCGAUGGUGUCCACCUGAGUGAUGACAUCGGAAUGGAGAUCUUCGCCCAGCUGCUGUGGACGGUUGCUUACACGCAACUGGAGACCGUGCCGCCAGCCCCGCCGGUGUGUCGUCCAUCCCCACCUUCUCGCUUCACUCCCCGUGUGGUUGUGAAGGGAGAGGUGAGGGUGCGUCACAGCCCUGGCCCCGAGGAGUGGACUGUCGUUGGUCCGAGCGGCAAGUCCUCUGGAGGAUGCAGUGCAGUUCAGCGGGAGCCGGCUGGUAUCCCCCUGAAUCCUGUGCUGUUCAGCAGUGAGAUGUUGGAGGAGAUGGAGAAGGUUUCUCCAUCAAAUCUGACGUCUCCUGCUGACUUUGCUGGUGUUUCACCGCCAAAGACGCUGCGUGUGAAACACCACUCCAAGAGGACUCGAAGGGUAAGUAGAUUUUGGAAAUAA